AUGAUGCUCGGCGGUGUAAAAUACAGCUUGGGGCAAAAGCGCUAUGUCAUGCAUUAUAUCAACCGCGUCGGAAAGAGCGCGCUGGAAAUUUCCCAAUCCCACCCACUCGCCGCCGCCUGUCGCCCCGCCCCGCCCCGCAGCACCGGCCGCCGCCGCCAUGGACGCCUCCCCGCCCCGCCCGUGCCGCCCGUGGGCCGCGCCGCCGACGGCCCCGGCCCGCCGCCCGCCUCGCCGCCCGUCGCUCCCGCCCCCGCCCCCGCACCGGCCGCCCACCCGCACGUCGCCGCCGUGGUCGCUGCGACCCACGUCGGCGUGAAGCGGCGGCGUGCGGGGCAUCACCUCGUGCCGGCCGUCGCCCCCGCACCGGCCGUCGCUCCCGCCCCCGCCCCCGCACCGGCCGCACCACCCGCACCUCCCCGGCACGGCGAAGGUGCCCUCCGGUGGUCCUCGUGCUGCCAAGGCCAAGGCGGCUUCCUCCCCGGCGCCGAGGAAGGCCGUGGCCAAGAGGAGGGCCCCGGCGGCAGCCGAUGGCCCGCCGCCGUGCCGCCCGACCCGGCCGCCCCGGAGGUGUUCGACGAAAUGGCCACCCCGGCCGCCGCCGUGCCGCCCGCCCCCGCUCCAAGGGCAAAGAAUUCCCAUUCAAGCAUGUUUGGUCAAUUCUUCAAACAUAUGACAAGUGGAAGUUGA